UGACUCGCUGUCAAAGCACGCCGUCAUGCACCCAUACAAUCACGCGCGAUUAGAGACGCAGUGUGUGAACGGUGAACGGGACGGCCGCCGCGUUCGCCUUUCGUGGUUUGGUGGGGCCGGGAGAAGCAGCGAGUGUCAAAGUUUGCCGACGUCGAAGGCUUUAUCGGCGGCCAAUCCGCUGCGCAAGAUCCGUGCUCCGCGAACGGGGACGCCGAGGUUCGAGCCGAUUAGAAGACGUAACCGGCGCGCGAUCGAUCGGCGAGCUUAGUGCGCGAUGUCGCGUCGCGAAUUAGCACGCGCGUGAGAGAGUGCCGUUGUCGUAGAGAAUUUGCCACGAGUCCAUCCUCGGUCCAUCCUCGCACAUCGCCUCCGGCCCGGCUUUGGGGAAGUGCUAAUAAGCACACCGGUCAACGCACGAAGCGCUGAGACUCGCGAAGAGUCGGACUUGCACGCGGCACAAUUCGGUUGUGUGUACAUAUUGUAAGUCGAACAACGUAGCUUCGAUCAUGGUGGAAGGCGGGAAAAAUAGUAUGCAGAAUGGUCUGCUUAGUAACGGAAUCAAUGGGAAAAGCUCGGCGGUGCGGCUGCAGAUCGUGCCAACGCAGCCGAAGACGAUCACGCACUUGCCGAAGAGGCCACCGGUCGAUCUGGCGUUCACCGAUCUCACAUAUAAGGUCCGAGAAGGUCGCAAAAAUAAUGUGAAGACAAUUCUCAAGUCCGUCAGCGGCAGACUGCGGUCCAGCGAGCUGACGGCUAUUAUGGGCCCUUCUGGUGCGGGAAAGUCAACGCUCCUAAAUAUCCUCACCGGAUACAAGACGACAGGUGCGGAAGGUAGCGUCACGAUGAACGGCCACGAAAGAAACCUCAGUGCCUUUAGGAAACUCUCUUGCUACAUCAUGCAAGAUAAUCAGCUUCACAUGAAUCUAACGGUAGCGGAAGCUAUGAAGGUUGCAGCGAACCUUAAGCUCGGCUCACACGUUAGCCAAGCAGAGAAAGAAGAAGUGAUUCAGGAAAUCCUUGAAACUCUCGGUCUAUCUGAGCACCGCCGUACUAUGACCUCAAAUCUGAGUGGUGGUCAAAAAAAGAGAUUAUCCAUCGCGCUAGAAUUAGUCAAUAAUCCCCCUAUUAUGUUUUUCGACGAGCCGACCAGCGGCCUGGACUCGUCGUCUUGUUUUCAAUGUAUCUCUUUACUGAAGACAUUGGCACGAGGCGGUAGGACGAUAAUCUGCACCAUUCACCAGCCAAGUGCGAGGCUCUUCGAGAUGUUCGAUGCUCUCUACACGUUAGCCGAAGGACAAUGCGUUUAUCAAGGUUCUACAUCGCAACUGGUGCCUUUCCUCAGGACAAUUGGCCUUAAUUGUCCGAGCUAUCACAACCCGGCGUCGUUUAUCAUUGAGGUGUCAUGUGGCGAAUAUGGCGAUAAUAUCAAGAACUUGAUUAACGCGAUAAACAACGGCAAAUAUGAUAUACGCGAAGGACACCCUUUUCCCGAGACAAAAGAGGGAAUGAACAAUUGCACUGCUGCGGCCGGUAUUUUGAAGAAUGGUGAUAAUCUGGACAAAAUAAAGAUUAAGGACAAGAAUGACGUCAGUAAUCUAGAGGAGAAGUUUUCAGAUGACAAAUCUAAUGAGAUCAGUAAUGGAAAACUUAUUCCCGUCUACGCCACAAACGACAUUGCUAAACAAGUGAUGGAUGUGGCAAUACCUGUGGACCCGGAUAAGAAGGACAAUGCUAAUAUGCCCCUGCUCGAUGAAUCUCUCGCGGUAACGCCGAAGAGAUAUCCCACAUCCGAAUUUACACAAUUCUACAUCAUUCUAAAACGUGCCUUACUCUUCAGUUUUAGAGAUUGGACUCUCAUGUAUCUCCGAUUGUUCGCUCACUUCCUGGUAGCGUUGCUAAUUAGCGCGUUGUACUACGAUAUCGGAAACGACGGUGCCAAAGUACUUAGCAACUUGGGAUUCCUGUUCUUCAACAUGCUAUUCCUCAUGUACACUUCCAUGACAAUCACAAUUCUGUCUUUCCCGCUGGAACUGCCUGUGCUCUUAAAAGAGAAUUUUAAUAGGUGGUACUCUCUCAAGUCGUAUUACUUAGCGAUUACCAUUUCGGAUAUGCCAUUUCAGACCGUGUUUUGUAUAUUGUACGUCGCCGUCGUGUAUUUCCUGACGAGCCAGCCGGCGGACGCGACGCGGUUCUGCAUGUUCGUGGGCACCUGUCUCCUGAUUUCUUUCGUUGCGCAAUCGGUAGGUCUUGUGGUCGGCGCCGCGAUGAACGUGCAGAACGGUGUGUUCCUCGCACCGGUGAUGUCGGUGCCGUUCCUCCUCUUCUCCGGAUUCUUCGUCAGCUUCGACGCGAUCCCGGUUUAUCUACGGUGGAUCACGUACCUUAGUUACAUCAGAUACGGUUUUGAGGGAACCGCUUUGACCAUUUAUGGCUAUGGUCGGGAGAAAUUGAAGUGUUUCCAGAUAUAUUGCCACUUCAAGAAUCCAGAGACGACACUGGAGGAAUUGGACAUGCUUGAUGCCGACUUUACUUUGGAUAUUCUCGCUCUCCUACUCAUCUUCGUCGUACUGCGAAUCGCCGCGUAUCUCUUCCUACGUUGGAAGAUCAAGAACGUCCGAUAGAUUAUUUUGGACGCGCGUAAGCAAAUUGCAAAUUAAAUGUGGUUAUAAAUAGACGGUGCUGCUUUCCGCAUAGGACUGCGCAAACAAUAACGCACAUUUCAUAAUCGGUAAUCUCGUAAUGUUAUUUUUUUAAAUGGCGAUACGAAAACUCGGUUUCGGCGCCUCACAACAACAGUCAAGACACAAAGAACUUUCCGCGAUGGAUUUCCGUGGCAUUUCUCGGUGAAAACUUUCGUGACGAAAGCUAUUAGCUAUUCAUUCUGUCGAAGAGGUACUAGUGUGUCUCGAAAGUAUCGUGAAGUAUGACUUAAGUAUGACUCUUCUUUUGUGUUUUAGGAUUGCUGAAUUUAAUUGAUGUAGGAGCAAUAACGUAAUUUAUUUAUAUUUUUAGUUUAGUAACGAUGACGGCAGGUAGUUACGAUUGUAAUAUAUUUUCAGGGUACUAUUUUAUAAUGUAUUAUAUCUAAAAUAUCUUCCCUUUUUUACUAUGUCAGUACAUAUUCUUGUUAGAACAUGACCAAAUACACACAUUGAUUUUGAA